AUGUCUUUGGUAGAUAGCAAUGCGGUGUUUGAAAGCAGGGCCCUUUCAAUUGGAAUCUCCCAGCCCGUCAUCAACGCACUGGCCACCCGUGGUUGGGUGACUCAUGCAACUUUUGCCUUUGCAGUGGCAACAAACCCGGCGGCGGGAGACGACCAGAAUUUCAUUGAUGGGGUCUUGCUACCUUUGGACGAUCAUGUGAGAGCGCUCCUGCAGAGUCCUGAGCUUAAAUGGAUGCUUAUGCCGCUGCCAAAGCGUCAAGUGGUGAAACCUAUUCAGCCGGUUGCGCCGGCAAACAAACCAAAGGUGGACGCGGACCCCAAAAGGAACAGAGAUGGUGACAACAAGAAAACAAAGGCGGAUGCAGCAAGACUGAAGAAGCUGCGCAGAACCCCCAUGCCAAAGCAGCUCAUGGGUGGAGUGCCAUGUGACGAGCAAGGCCGACCAUUCUGCUUCGCGUUCAACUUGGGAUCCUGUCCUAAUGGGGACGAUUGCAAAAAGGGAAUGCACCUAUGCUGCAAGAAAGGUUGCAAGCAGAAGCAUUCUUUCGGCAAAGCUGGACAGGCUGAGAGCAGCCAACCCUUGGGAGACAAGGGUCUUCCGACUUCAUCGAAGCCUACACGAAAGCGUCAAGGCAUCUUUGAGGACAAAGGCGAAAAGCGCCAACGUUUUGAGGCGAUCGCCCCUGAGAGAGAGCUCUCAGGCGUGGUUGCAAAUGGUGCCGAAGGGCAAUCCUUUUCUGAGUUUCCUGCCGAGGGGCAGGCAAAGCUGACAGAUGCCGGUCGCAAAAGUGACGGAAACGGCACACAGACUGAUGAUAAACAUUGCACAGUCUUUUUGCUUGAUAUUUUUUCGGGAACAGCGGGAGUGGCUGCAUCAUUUAUUCAACUUGGUGGAGAUGCGUUGGGAUUGGAUCACAUGGUUGACAGAAAGCGCAUGAGGGGCCCCAUUUCAAAGACUGACCUUUGCAAAAAGGAAACACAGGAUCAAGUGAUUUCAUGGUUGGAGCAAAACAAGGUCGAUGCAGUGAUGCUGGCUCCGCCAUGCGGAACUUCCAGUGGGGCCAGAGAAAUUCCAGUUUUUGAAUCGGGCCGCAAAAGGGCAGCACCACAGCCGUUGCGCAGCAAGAGGUGGCCGAAUGGAAUUCCAUCACUUCGUGGAGUGUCGGCCUUGAAGGUCAAGCUGGCCAACAAACUAUAUGCGUUCACAAGGCGGGUCAUUGACACAUGUGUCCGGCUGGGCAUCCCAUUUAUCUGUGAGAAUCCUCAGCGCUCCUGGAUGUGGGAUACUACUUUCUUUCAGAACUUGCCUGGCUCUUGCCGUUUUCAGUGUAUUCACAGCUGUAUGUACGGUGGUCAGCGUCUCAAGAAGACCGCCUUGCUCUUGAACUUUGAGGCCAACAACCUCAAACUGACCUGCAAUGGGAAGCACCAGCAUCUACCGUGGGGAAAGACUAUAUCACCUCACACAGGGGAAACAGUUUUCUCAACAACCACCGAGGCUGAGUACCCAUGGGCCUUGUGCAAACAAUUGGCACAAGCUUUUGCAGAGCAAAUGAGAAUGGCUGGAAAAUCUUUUGAGCUUCCCUCUACAACAAUGGAUGUUAAGCAACGGAUGGGCGCAGGAACUCAGCCUCGUGGAAAGCUUGGUCCACUGCUUUUGGCGGAGUUCAAGCACAAAGUUGUAGUGCGGUCUUCGCAAGUCUGCGUUCCCAGAACCAUCACUGAGGACAGCCCAGCUCCCUUCCAGGGAAUACCACUGCAUUCCAAGCUUAUUUCUUCUCGUACGGAGAUGGUGAAAGGGGUUGCUGGCGACGAAGAAAUGCAAUUUUCUGAGUUUGGGGUGUACUAUACACCUGAGGAAUUUUUGCGUAUGGCUGCGACCUUGCAGCAUCCACUGGAUUCACCACAGUUGGUGGAUGAGAGCAAUUUGCGGGCGAUGCUGGCCAUUCGUGACUGGACUGAGGCGCAGUUGGCUGAGUUCAGAACAAAAAACCUCAGGCACUACACCAAACUGGCGGUUGACCUCAUGGAGGAUGAGAAAAACUGA